AUGAGCAGACCCAACAUCACUCUGCACUCUGAGUUCAUCAUUAUGGGACUGCAAAUCCUACAGGAACAGGACACUGCACUCUUCAUCAUCUUCCUCAUCCUCUUCCUGGCCACAUUCCUGGGUAAUCUGCUCAUCGUGUUGUUAAUCACCUUUGACCAACACUUCCACACGCCCAUGUACUUCUUUCUGUGGAACCUGGCUGUCUUAGACAUACUGCUGUCGACCUCUGCCAUACCCAAAAUGCUAGUGGGUCUUUUAGGUCAUAAAAUCAUCUCCUUCUCAGGUUGCUUUGCACAAAUGUACUUUCUCAUCUCAUUUACAGCUAUUGAAGGAUUUCUUGUUGCAGCCAUGGCUCAUGACAGGUAUGUUGCUGUAGUGAAACCACUACAUUAUAACACCUUAAUUAGUACCAAAGCCUGUAUUACAAUGAUGUCCACAGCCUGGGUGCUGGGCUUCCUAGCUCCUCUAUUGUCAGUAGUACUGGCAAGCACUUUGUCAUUCUGUGGAUCUAACUUUAUCCUCCACAUUGUUUGUGAUUAUCACAGUGUAAUGUCAUUAGCCUGCGGUGAUGUUACAGCUCAAAUGAAUUUUACCCUGUCAGUUGCCAUGCUGUCAAUCUAUGUCCCCUUUCUUUAUGUCUUAUGGACAUACUGCAGAAUCAUAGCAUCAGUAAUGAAACUGAAAAUUGUGGAGGGCCGUAAGAAGGCUUUCUCAAUGUGUUCCUCACACGUAACUGUUGUUUUUCUCUACUAUGCUUCUGGUGCUGUAGUGUAUAUUGGGUUGAGAGAGGAGAGGAUACCUCCUGAUGGACGCAUCUUCAUUGGUGGACUGAAUUAUUUCCUCACCCCUUUGCUCAACCCCAUUAUUUACAGCUUAAGAAAUGAAAAAAUCAAAGCAGCUGUUCAGAUAGUGGGAUGGAUGGACAAACCGCAGCAGACAUUAGCCGAUUCUGUCAAGCACCGGCUGACUCUGAAAGAGACAGAACCCACUGGCAGCGCACAAAUGGAGCCUGAGCAACUCCUGGGUGUGACAGGUGGCCACUGCCCUUACCAGGGCUACUCAGUAGUGGUCCCGCCGGUAGAAUUGGGGCGACUGCCCGCUACUCACCGCCAGCGAAUGCCCCAGAGAGAAGAUACUCUCCCUGCCGGAGCCGGCCAGCUAAUCCCACACCUGCCGGUGCGAGUGCGACCCAGUUGCUACGACGGCGAAGCGCCUUCGGAACCCUACGAGGCGCAGUUCUAG